AUGGAAACAGCCAUCAACAGUCAGUCUGCUGAGGGAGGAUCUGAAUACACCAGGAUUGGUAGACGACUUCUGGAGACAACAAUAGACCUCCCCAGCACUGCUACUACCUUGAGCCCAGGCACCCCCAGCAGCACUGGCCCACCCGCUGCCACUACCUUGAGCCCAGGCACCCCCAGCAGCACCGCCCCCACCGCUGCGACUACCUUGAGCCCAGGCACCCCCAGCAGCACUGGCCCACCCGCUGCCACUACCUUGAGCCCAGGCACCCCCAGCAGCACCGCCCCCACCGCUGCGACUACCUUGAGCCCAGGCACCCCCAGCAGCACUGCCGCCACCGCUGCCACUACCCUGAGCCCAGGCACCCCCAGCAGCACUGCCGCCACCGCUGCAACUACCUUGAGCCCAGGCACCCCCAGCAGCACUGCCGCCACCGCUGCCACUACCUUGAGCCCAGGCACCCCCAGCAGCACUGCCGCUACCGCUGCUACUACCUUGACCCCAGGCACCCCCAGCAGCACUGCCGCCACUGCUGCCACUACCUUGAGCCCAGGCACCCCCAGCAGCACUGCCGCUACCGCUGCUACUACCUUGACCCCAGGCACCCCCAGCAGCACUGCCGCUACCGCUGCCACUACCCUGAGCCCAGGCACCCCCAGCAGCACUGCCGCCACCGCUGCCACUACCUUGAGCCCAGGCACCCCCAGCAGCACUGCCGCCACUGCUGCCACUACCCUGAGCCCAGGCACCCCCAGCAGCACUGCCGCCACCGCUGCCACUACCCUGAGCCCAGGCACCCCCAGCAGCACUGCCGCCACUACCCUGAGCCCAGGCACCCCGAGCAGCACUGCCGCCACCGCUGCCACUACCCUGAGCCCAGGCACCCCCAGCAGCACUGCCGCCACCGCUGCCACUACCUUGAGCCCAGGCACCCCCAGCAGCACUGCCGCCACCGCUGCCACUACCCUGAGCCCAGGCACGCCCAGCAGCACUGCCGCCACCGCUGCCACUACCUUGAGCUCAGGCACCCCCAGCAGCACUGCCACCACCACUGCCAGCACUAUGAGCCUAGGCACUACUGCCACCACUAUGAGUCUAGGCACUACUAACACUACUGCCACCACUGUGGACCCAGGCACUACUAACACUACUGCCACCACUGUGGACCCAGGCACCACCAACACUACUGCCACCACUGUGGACCCAGGCACCACCAACAUUACUGCCACCACUGUGGACCCAGGCACCACCAACACUACUGCCACCACUGUGGACCCAGGCACCACCAACACAACUGCCACCACUGUGGACCCAGGCACCACCAACACGACUGCCACCACUGUGGACCCAGGCACCACCAACACGACUGCCACCACUGUGGACCCAGGCACCACCAACACGACUGCCACCACUGUGGACCCAGGCACCACCAACACGACUGCCACCACUGUGGACCCAGGCACCACCAACACUACUGUCACCACUGUGGACCCAGGCACCACCAACACUACUGUCACCACUGUGGACCCAGGCACCACCAACACGACUGCCACCACUGUGGACCCAGGCACCACCAACACUACUGUCACCACUGUGGACCCAGGCACCACCAACACUACUGUCACCACUGUGGACCCAGGCACCACCAACACUACUGUCACCACUGUGGACCCAGGCACCACCAACACUACUGCCACCACUGUGGACCCAGGCACCACCAACACUACUGCCACCACUGUGGACCCAGGCACCACCAACACUACUGCCACCACUGUGGACCCAGGCACCACCAACACGACUGCCACCACUGUGGACCCAGGCACCACAGUAAUGAUUGUGUCACCAGCAGUACAAAGAAUCGCAGAGGCAGCAGUUGCAGCAGCCACAACAGCCACAGCAGCAGCAGCAGCAUUGACGGGAGCAGCUGUGGCAGCGACGGCUGCCACUUCAGAAGCAGUGGUGGCUAGCUUAACGGCCUCAGCUGCAGCAGCCACGGCUACUACCUCGGCUGCAGCAGCAGCAACUGCAUCAUCAGCCAUCCCCGCAGCCAUGAGCGCAUCGACGGCUGCCAGCGAAGCAGCGAGUGCCGCCACUUCACUGACCGCUGGUCAGGAAUCAACGGACUUUGCGGUGCUUGAAGCAAACGAAGCAGCCGGAGCAGCUGAAAAUGCGUCCGAUGCUGCCAUGACGGCAGCACAAACAUCUGGAUCGACCCUGGAAGAGCAGCUGGCAGCAUUAGCCGAGGACUCAGCCAGAACAGCGACAAAGGCGGCAACCGCUGCACAGAUGGCAGCCACUGUCCCAGCAACAGAGCAAAUGCUAUCGGACGCCCUGGCAGUUGCCACAGAAGUAGCCACAGAAUCUGCAAAUCUGACACAACAGUUGGAAGAUUUACUGUCAAGUGCAUCACCACGAACUAUCGUGGAGCGUGUUGAACUCCAAGGAUUGCUGUCUGUGGCGGAGGUAGCGCAGGUGUCCACAGAGUUCUCCAGAGAGGCAGCGGCGUUGGGAGUGAUGGUGGCCACAACAGGAAACCAGAUGGACAUCGAAGCGAUGAACGCUUUUGCCGAAGCGUCGGCAAGAGCCGCUGAAGUCGCAGCGAGUACUUCGGGGACGUUUGUAACGACCUCAGCGGAAACAAAUGGUGCAAACAUUGAGAUGCUGUCGUUGGCCGCAGCACUCGCCGCCGUGUCUGUGGUGCUCCUAUGA